GUUGCAUUGACUGGUGACAUCUGCAAGAUGUAUCGGUGUGUUCGCGUGGCUGAACCCGAUAGCUAUCUUCAAUGUAUUCUUUGGCGUGACUCACCGGACCAGGAGGUGCAGGUAUUCAAGCUUGAUACCGUGACCUAUGGAACUAAGCCUGCAGCCUUUUCAUCCGUUCGCGCGAUGCAUCAACUGGCGAAUGAUGAGAAGAGCACAUUUUCAAUCGGUUCUAAAAUCAUUUUGCGGGACUUUUACGUUGAUGAUCUGAUCACAGGAGGCCAAUCAACACAGGAAGUCCUCGAAAUCAUGACUCAAACAACAAACUUGCUUGCACGAGGUGGCUUUAAGCUCAGGAAAUGGUGUUCCAACGAGCGCGAUGUCCUUGAUAAAGUUCCUGACUCGGAAAAGGAAACAUUCCUGAAGUUUGACGAUGGCAGCGACUUUACCAAGACACUGGGUCUUGCUUGGGAUCCUGCAGCGGAUGUCUUUCGUUUUUCUUUUUCUCCCAUACAGGUCUCUCCAAAGCCAUGUAAACGGCUGGUGCUUUCCACAAUUACUCGCGUGUAUGAUCCGCUUGGCCUCAUUGGUCCUGUGGUUGCCAAGGCCAAGAUCUUCCUGCAACAGGUCUGGAGAGAGAAGUUGGAGUGGGACGAGAGCCUUCCUGAGGCACUCAACACAUCAUGGCUGAAGUUGUCAUCUGACAUGGGUCAUACUCAGCAAAUGAAGUUUCCUCGACGUGCGCUGCAUCCAAAUGGUGCUAUUGAGAUCCACGGAUUCUGUGACGCUAGCAUCGACGCAUAUGGAGGAUGUAUCUAUCUCGUUUCAAUAGCUGAUGGCAAACGAGAAGUGCAUCUAUUUUGCUCAAAAUCUCGUGUGGCACCUUUGAAGACUCUCACUGUUCCCAAAUUAGAGUUGUGCGCUGCUUUCUUACUGGCUCAACUGAUGCGGGACGUACGCAACAUGAAGCUCUUCGAUUGCCCGUUUUUUUGCUGGUCAGAUUCUGCUGUAGCUUUAUCAUGGAUAAGCGAUGAACCUUCACGUUUUCAAGUUUUUAUUGCUAAUCGAAUAUCUUUAAUUCAAGAGCUAUCCAGUGGCAUGAAUUGGCGCUAUGUACCGACCGACUGCAAUCCAGCCGACAUCUUGUCAAGAGGUGCUUCCCCGAGCGAGCUUCUGGAAUCUGCCCUUUGGUUCAGAGGCCCAGAAUUUCUUCUUAAGGAUCAGCGCGGUUGGCCUGAAUCUUGUAUGCCAGUGAAGACUCUUCCCGACCUCAGAAAGCGCAUUUUGGUCGGCGUCGCUAAAGAAGUGGACCUAUCUUCAAAAUGCAAGUUCGUGAAUUCUUGGCAAAAGAUCCCCCACACUUUUGGAUACGUAUACAAAUUUGUUCACCGCAUAAGACGUCCUGGUCUCGAUGUCGAAGAUGUAAAAAUGGGCACUCAGAUGCUUAUCAGAUGCAUCCAAAUGAGCAGCCUGGCUGAUGACUACUGGAGGCUGCAUUCUAAGCGACAAAUUACAUCAUCCAGCCCGUUGGCCUCACUUUCUCCAUUCAUCGAUAGCUUUGGGCUGAUGCGAGUUGGUGGCAGACUACAAAAUUCGUCCUUGGAUUACAAUGCGCAGCAUCCUGUCAUACUACCACGCCAGCAUCCAGUUACAAGUGCUAUCAUACUGGACUUGCAUCGAAAAAACUUGCAUUCUGGUCCGCGAGCGCUGCUCGCUAACAUGCGUCUUCAAUUUUGGCCGAUAGGUGGCCGAAAAACAGUAUCAUCUGCAACGUCCAAGUGCGUCAUAUGCUUCCGAGCUAAACCACAAUUAUCUCAGCAUUUAAUGGCUGACCUACCUAAGGAUCGUGUAAAUGCAACAUCAACGUUCAUGGUUACUGGUCUGGAUUUCUGCGGGCCAUUUUGCUACAAAACCGGAGUUCGAAGCAAGGUGCCUGUGAAAACGUACGUCUGCGUUUUCAUCUGUUUCGCGACGAAAGCGAUCCACCUGGAGCUUGUUCAGGAUCUUUCAACACAAGCGUUCUUGGGAGCAUUGAAGCGGUUUAUUCUCACCAGAGGCAAACCUGCCCGGAUAUGGUCAGAUAAUGCUACGAACUUCGUUGGAGCUAAAAACGAACUGGCUGAGCUGAAGAAUCUAUUCCUGUCUGGCCCACACAUUCGAGCUAUAGAGGAAUUCUGCCUAGAAGAUUCAAUUGAGUGGCGUUUUAUUCCCCCACGUUCGCCUCACUUUGGAGGCCUCUGGGAGGCUGCAGUAAAAACGGCCAAAUUUCAUUUUUAUCGUUCGGUUGGCCCAUCUCUAUUAUCAUUCGAUGAAUUGCGUACACUCGUUUGCCACAUUGCAGCAAUUAUCAACUCACGACCUUUACUACCUCUUUCAGAGAAUCCAGCAGACCUUGAGGUGCUAACUCCUGCACACUUUCUUGGCACAGUUCCGCUGGUGUUGUACUCUGAGCCUGACGUCACAAAGCUAAAUUUCAACCGUUUGGACCGCUGGCAGAGAAUUGCUUAUUUUCAACAAAUCUUCUGGUCACGGUGGCGUGAAGAGUAUCUGACCCUGUUGCAGCAACGGUCAAAGUGGCGCAUCCCCAAACCUGCGCUACAAGUCAACGAUGUCGUCCUGGUUCAAAACGAGAACUUGCCUCCUCUUAAAUGGCCAUUAGCCAGGGUCAUGGAAUUGGUGCCUGGAUCUGAUGGAGUUGCUCGUGUGGCAGUAAUACGAACAUCAACUGGAACCACUCGAAGAGCUGUCCGCAAGUUGUGCGUCCUGCCGAAGCAAGAUCUGAAUGUUCGGUCAUGCCGCAGCCUAAAUAAAUUCUUAAAGUUUCUAAUCUUAACGUAAAUUGAAUUCUCGAUGUUUGUUUUUGCCUUUUCUAUUUGCCCUGCGUGGCAUCUCUUUCAAUUACUGUAAUUGCUACUCCUUUUGAAUUCCUUCGCCGAUCGCUGCCUGGCCCUUUGUCCACGGCAAGCAUCUACUUAAGUUUAGUUUCGAUUUUGUACUCGCUCGCUGAAGGCACGGUCGCAGAUCGCCUGCCCAUUCUCUUCGUUUAUACUUUCGCUGUUAAAAGGCACAGACAAAUCGGUCUGCCUGCCCAACCAAAUAAUCUUAA